AUGGCAAAAAAAACUGGUACGACAAUUUGUGGUUUAAUAUACGACGGAGGUGUCGUGCUAGCAGCUGAUACUAGAGCAACAGCAGGCAGUUUCAUUGCUGACAAGUCAUGUUUCAAGUUACAUUUACUGUUAGAUCACAUUUGGUGUGCUGGAGCCGGAGUGGCUGCUGAUUUAGAACAUGUUACAAUGCGUAUGGCAGCAGACCUGAGAGUUUUUCAGGCGAAAUUGAAAUCUUUAGUUCGAGUAGAAACCGCUGUAACCCGGCUAUGCAAUCAUCUAGUUCAAUACAUGGGGCACAUAUCUGUAGCUUUGAUUAUUGGAGGGAUAAAUCCUGAUUCUAAACCCAGUCUUUGGUAUGUUAGUGCUGAAGGGCAUGCUCACCAACUUCCUUAUUUGGCUAUGGGUUCUGGAGGUUUAUUCGCCACUUCAGUGCUGGAGAGAAAAUACAGGAAACCCAUGCCUGAGCAAGAAGCUAUGGAUCUUGCUGCAGAUGCUAUCGAAGCUGGUGUAAUUAAUGAUUUGGGCUCUGGUACCAUGGUCGACGUAGUAAAGAUCACGAUUGCUAAUCCUAAAAAACCAGUACUUACUCGUGGAUACAGACGGCCAGUCGCUAACAUUCCAGGCUUUUCAAAAGCAUGUAACAAUGAUUUUUGUCCAGAAUUUUUGCCAGCUGGUUACAAAGGAAUAAGUAAACAGUAUGUUGAUCACAUUAGAACUUCGACAUUUGAAGAAAUAAAAAAUGUGAAUUUUGAUUUUAUCAUUGUUGGCGGAGGAGGCACUGGAUGCCCAUAUGCUCGUAAAUUAGCUGAUGAAGGUUUAAAUGUAUUAAUAAUUGAAAGAGGAAACGCAAGGAUUAAACAUGUGCUUACGCAUGAUAUGUAUGGAGCAGGAUUAGUAAUAGCAGACGAAGCUGUAUCACAACCUUUGAAGUAUACGUGUGGAGUGAAAUCCCAUGCUGCAUCUGUUUUAGGAGGAGGAACUGCUAUAGGUAUGGGAAUCAUGAUAUUAGAAUCUGAACCUUAUUUAAAUCAAAUAGAAAAACAUGGCAAAAUAAAAAUUGAUCGAACUUUGUUUAACCAAUCGCUUUAA